CGCCGCCGCCGCCGCGAGGGGAGAGGCGGCCGCACAGCCUGCUUCCCCGCGCCCUGCUCGCCGCCGCCGCCGCUGCCCUCGCCCAGCCGAGCGCACCCGUACACGCACCCCGCCGCCCGGCGCCACCCCGCGCACUCCUCCCGCCGCUCCGCCGGGCAGAUGCGCCGCCGCGCGCCCCGCGCCCCGGGCCCGCCACAGAGCUCCGUCGCGCACCGGGGGCUCCUCUCCCAGGCCCCCCUGGGUGCCCUCCGGCUGGGGCUCCCGCCCGCUCCUUGGAAUAACCCCUGAGGCUCCAGCCGUCGCCGCAAAGUUUCCCGAGGAGACCCGCCUCCCCGACCGCUGCUCAGGUGAAGAAGCGGGGAAUAGGAGAGAAAGGCCCCACUCUGGACAGCUGCACCCAGUGGCUGAAGCAGGAAUCACCCACCUUUCUGCCUCACCCACUCCAGAAGCUUCUCUACAAGCAGGAGCAGCCAAGCAGACCAGCCCCCUCUCAAAGUGGCUUCCCAAAGCGGGGGCACACAGGCCUGACAGCUCAGCAGUGCGAGGUGAGGAGACUGCAGCCUGUGGUGAAUCUGAACUCCUCAGAGGGGUAAUAGACACCCCCCCCAACAGAUGCAGCCUGAGUGGCUCUCUCUCAGCUCUGUCACGCAAGAGCGCUCUCUGCACUGAGCCAUUCUGCCAAGUGACUUAAAGGGAUUUAAAAAGAAAGAAAAAAAAAAAAAGAACCUUGGUAAAGAAAAAGGGGUAACAGCCCCACAGAGGCAUUUCAGGAGAGGGGUGGCCUGAGGACAGAGGACCAAAGUUACAAAGAGCUGCGGUGGAAGUGGUGGCCCGUGAGAGGCCACACUCCCCGGGGACCAACACUGGGCUGUGGGGCAUGCCCGGCUCAGCAGUCCCCGGGGGUGCACACAGAACACGUACCUCUCACUCCAGAGAGCCAAGCCUGCAGUGCCUGUGCCUGCGCCUAGGGUGCCAAAGAUGCCAUUUGGGGCCUGCAGCCACAUCUGAAGCCUAACCACAAGCAAGACUGCAAGACCUUCUUAUUCUCUGCGUGCCUCAUUGUUCCUGCUGCCCCGGAGGUGCCGUCUGUGGUUGAGUGGUUCUGGGUUUGUUGGUGACACAGGGCAAGGCAUGUGAGCCUGGCCUGGACCUGUGAAGCAGUGACCCCAUUGGGACCCAGUGGCUCCAGGGAACAGCAGCAGAGGAGGUAUUGAGGCUCCAGGUUAGGUGGGUCAGACCUCCACCAGCUGUCCACCAUGGUGGUGGCACACCCUACUGCCACCACUACCACCACACCUGCUGCCACCAUCACAGCCACUGUUGUGAUGACCACGGCCACCAUGGACCUGCGGGACUGGCUGUUUCUCUGCUAUGGGCUCAUUGCCUUCCUCACGGAGGUCAUCGAUAGCACUACCUGCCCAUCAGUGUGCCGCUGUGACAAUGGCUUCAUCUACUGCAACGACCGGGGACUCACGUCCAUCCCCUCAGACAUCCCUGAUGAUGCCACCACCCUCUACCUACAAAACAACCAGAUCAACAAUGCAGGCAUCCCUCAGGACCUCAAGACCAAGGUCAAAGUGCAGGUCAUCUACCUGUAUGAGAACGACCUGGAUGAAUUCCCCAUCAACCUGCCCCGCUCCCUUCGAGAGCUACAUCUACAGGACAACAAUGUGCGCACCAUCGCCAGGGACUCAUUGGCUCGCAUCCCGCUGCUGGAGAAGCUGCACCUGGAUGACAACUCCGUUUCCACCGUGAGCAUCGAGGAGGACGCUUUCGCCGACAGCAAGCAGCUCAAGCUACUUUUCCUGAGCCGGAACCACCUAAGCAGCAUCCCAUCGGGGCUGCCGCACACGCUGGAAGAGCUGCGGCUGGAUGACAACCGCAUCUCCACCAUCCCACUGCAUGCGUUCAAGGGUCUCAACAGCCUGCGGCGCCUAGUUCUGGAUGGAAACCUGCUGGCCAACCAGCGCAUUGCUGACGACACCUUCAGCCGCCUGCAGAACCUCACAGAGCUGUCACUGGUGCGCAACUCGCUGGCUGCCCCGCCCCUCAACCUGCCUAGUGCCCACCUGCAGAAGCUCUACUUGCAGGACAAUGCCAUCAGCCACAUCCCCUACAAUACGCUGGCCAAGAUGAGGGAGCUGGAGAGGUUGGACUUGUCCAAUAACAACCUCACCACACUGCCUCGAGGCCUGUUUGAUGACCUGGGGAACCUGGCACAGCUGCUUCUCAGGAACAACCCCUGGUUCUGUGGCUGUAACCUCAUGUGGCUUCGGGACUGGGUGAAGGCACGGGCUGCAGUGGUCAAUGUGCGGGGCCUCAUGUGCCAGGGCCCUGAGAAGGUCCGGGGCAUGGCCAUCAAAGACAUCACCAGCGAGAUGGACGAGUGCUUUGAGGCCGGGUCACAGGGCAGUGCAGCCAAUGCAGCUGCCAAGACCACCGCCAGCAACCAAGCUGCUGUCACCACGCCCCAGGGCUCUCUGUUUACUCUCAAGGCCAAGAGGCCAGGACUGCGCCUCCCUGACUCCAACAUUGACUACCCCAUGGGCACCGGUGAUGGUGCCAAGACAUUGGUCAUUCAGGUGAAGCCACUGACAGCAGACUCCAUCCGAAUCACAUGGAAGGCCAUGCUACCUGCCUCCUCUUUCCGGCUCAGUUGGCUGCGUCUGGGCCAUAGCCCAGCUGUGGGUUCUAUCACAGAGACCCUGGUGCAGGGGGACAAGACAGAAUACUUGCUGACGGCCCUGGAGCCCAAAUCCACCUACAUUAUCUGCAUGGUCACCAUGGAGACUGGCAACACCUAUGUGGCUGAUGAGACACCUGUGUGUGCCAAGGCAGAGACGGCUGAUAGCUACGGCCCUACCACCACACUCAAUCAGGAACAGAAUGCUGGUCCUAUGGCAGGGCUGCCCCUGGCUGGCAUCAUUGGUGGCGCCGUAGCUCUCGUCUUUCUCUUCCUGGUCCUGGGGGCCAUCUGCUGGUAUGUGCACCGGGCUGGUGAGCUGCUGACCCGAGAGAGGGUCUAUAACAGGGGCAACAGGAGAAAGGAUGACUACAUGGAGUCAGGGACCAAGAAGGAUAACUCCAUCCUGGAAAUCCGAGGCCCAGGACUGCAGAUGCUACCCAUCAACCCGUACCGCUCCAAAGAGGAGUACGUGGUGCACACCAUCUUCCCCUCCAAUGGCAGCAGCCUCUGCAAGGGCGCCCACACUAUUGGCUACGGCACCACACGGGGCUACCGGGAUGGCGGCAUCCCUGAUGUGGACUACUCCUAUACAUGAAGCCAGCCACCCCCGGUGUGCUCACGUGGCUCUGUCUAGCCCACUGCAAUACCAGGAGCCAGGAAGAGAAACUCCAUAGUGACUUUCCCAGCAGAAAGCAAAGUUUGGGGAGGGUUGGUAAACACAAUAGUGGGAUAAAAAAAAAUUAAACACAUAGAAAGCAGGAGGGAAAUUCAGCAUUGUUGGAGACAUAAUUCGUAAUUUAUACCAGAUCAUGAGCGUGAAGGGUUGGAUUGGGACUUUUUUUCCCCCUGAACCAGAUUGAUACUACCUGUACAACAUUCGUGUACACCUCAAGCUCCAUUCAGGGCCAUCAGAGAGCAUCAGGUGACAGAUGGACGAGAUGGCAUGGAGCCCCCCACGCACCCCCUGCCAGCUGCUCAC